AUGCGCGUGCUGCUGUACACAGGCCUGCCGGACAGCCUGCUCACGAACACUGCCAAUACCGGCGACAUGCAUAUGCCCAACUUAGUCGGCCUGCGCAAGUUGUACUUUGUGCCGCAGGCUGAAGCGCCACCAAAGAUGAAGAAAAAACCAAAAAUGGAGGUGCCGGCGGCGUUUACGUGGCCACCGUCCUACUCGGGCGCCCACUUGAAGGCUGUGCAAUCCGGCCACUGGACAGAAGCGCUACCGGAAGCUGGAGAUGGCCGAGGACUUUUGGGGGCCUCAGGACCAACCGUUGCCCCAGGGACGUUGCGCCGCGCCGAGACGUGGUGCGGCGGACAGUUUCUGGCGCGAUAUGAGAAGUUUGAUACGGAUGAGGACUGCAACAUCGUGCCCCAACUAGGGCAGCCCCGUAUAGAGACGAUGGUCCAGUUCGAGGCAAGAUAG